AUGGCUCAAACCCCCCUAAAGGAAGGUGUGCUAGGCACAUCUGCCAGUGUGUUCCCCAAUUCCCACGAGAAAAUUACCGACCCCAAAGACACACCCUACUUCGUUGACAAUGAGUUCCGGUUCUCAGCCACGAAGGAUUUCAUCGAUGUCCACGACCCCGCGACCAAUAACUUGGUGUCGCGAGUGCCAAAGAUGGUGAAAACUGAGCUAGAGGAGGCCGUGGCAUCUGCAGAGAAUGCUUUCCCAGUCUGGCAAAACAUGUCUAUAAUUGCCAGACAGCAGAUCAUGUUCCGCUACGUUGCUCUGAUUCGGGAACACUGGGAUCGACUCGCAGCUGUGAUUACACUUGAGCAAGGAAAGACUGUUUCUGACGCGAAAGGCGAUGUUUUGCGCGGCUUGCAGGUGGCAGAGGCGGCUUGUGCAGGGCCAGAAUAUAUGAAGGGAGAGGUUCUCGAAGUCGCCAAAGACAUGGAAACCAGGACAUACCGUGAACCACUUGGUGUCGUCGCUGUGAUCUGUCCAUUCAAUUUCCCCGCUAUGAUUCCACUGUGGUGCAUACCUAUCGCCACGAUCACCGGAAACACUGUCGUCUUGAAGCCUUCCGAGCGAGCACCGGGAGCGGCGAUGAUUCUCAUGGAAUUGGCGGAAAAGGCAGGAUUCCCGAAGGGCGUGAUCAAUGUGGUGCAUGGUGCACAUGAUACUGUGAACUUCCUACUUGAUGCACCUGCUGUCAAGGCGAUCAGCUUCGUCGGAAGUAACAAGGCUGGCGAAUACAUUUUCACCAAGGGAUCAGCCAAUGGCAAGCGAGUGCAGGCAAACCUUGGCGCAAAGAAUCAUGCAGUGGUACUGCCUGAUUCGGACAAAUAUUCGACACUGGAUGCAAUUAUUGCUGCGGCAUUCGGGGCAGCUGGUCAGCGGUGUAUGGCUUUAUCUGCUGUAGUCUUUGUUGGAGAGACGCAAAAUUGGCUACCCGAACUCGUUGAGCGAGCUAAGGCUCUCUCCAUGAAUGGUGGUUUUGAGGCUGAGGCAGACCUUGGUCCCGUCGUGACACCGGAGAGUAAGACUAGGAUCGAAGGUCUGGUUGCAAGUGCAGAGACCGAGGGUGCGAAACUGCUCCUUGAUGGUCGUGGAGUCAAACCUUCUAAAUACCCCAACGGUAACUGGGUGGCUCCAACCAUCAUCAGCGAGGUCACUCCAUCUAUGCAAUGUUACACGGAAGAGGUCUUUGGCCCUGUGCUGGUUUGCCUUCAGACGGAUUCCCUUGACCAAGCUAUUAAGCUCGUCAAUGAGAACCCCUAUGGCAAUGGCACAGCUAUCUUCACCUCCUCUGGUAUUUCAGCGGAGCGAUUCCGGAAGAACAUUCAAGCUGGGCAGGUUGGAGUCAAUGUACCAAUCCCUGUGCCACUCCCCAUGUUUUCGUUCACUGGAAAUAAGAAGAGCGUUGCUGGAGGGGGGGCCAAUACCUUCUAUGGGCGGCCCGGUGUUAAUUUCUAUACACAGUUGAAGACUGUGACUUCGAAAUGGGCUGGUCGGGAUAGCCAACCUGCAAAGACAACACUUUCUAUGCCUACUCAUAGUUAA